CGUGGCCGUGGUCCCUGUAUCUGGCCCAGGUGCAGAGCAGAUCCCAGAUUAGACAGACGGGCUUAAACCUUCUGUUGUCCAUCAGCUGUGAUGAAAGUCUUGGUCUGACAGGUACACAACAUGUAAUCCACCAAGAAGAGUCUGGAGAGUGUUGUCUUCAGGCUUAAAACAACAUCACAACACUGUAGACUGGAGCGUGUUGUUUUAAGCCUGAAGACAGCAUCACAACACUGUAGACUGGAGCGUGUUGUUUUAAGCCUGAAGACAGCAUCACAACACUGUAGACUGGAGCGUGUUGUUUUAAGCAUGAAGACGGCAUCACAACACUGUAGACUGGAGCGUGUUGUUUUAAGCCUGAAGACAGCAUCACAACACUGUAGACUGGAGCGUGUUGUUUUAAGCCUGAAGACAGCAUCACAACACUGUAGACUGGAGCGUGUUGUUUUAAGCAUGAAGACGGCAUCACAACACUGUAGACUGGAGCGUGUUGUUUUAAGCCUGAAGACAGCAUCACAACACUGUAGACUGGAGCGUGUUGUUUAAGCAUGAAGACAACAUCACAACACUGUAGACUGGAGAGUAUUGUUUAAGCAUGAAGACAGCAUCACAACACUGUAGACUGGAGCGUGUUGUUUAAGCAUGAAGACAACAUCACAACACUGUAGACUGGAGCGUGUUGUGGAGGCUUGUUAAGAUGGGUCUGUUGACACGCUGGGUGUAUUGUGGAGGCUUGUUGAGAUGGGUCUGUUGACACGCUGGGUGUAUUGUGGAGGCUUGUUGAGAUGGGUCUGUUGACACGCUGGGUGUAUUGUGGAGGCUUGUUGAGAUGGGUCUGUUGACACGCUGGGUGUAUUGUGGAGGCUUGUUGAGAUGGGUCUGUUGACACGCUGGGUGUAUUGUGGAGGCUUGUUGAGAUGGGUCUGUUGACACGCUGGGUGUAUUGUGGAGGCUUGUUGAGAUGGGUCUGUUGACACGCUGGGUGUAUUGUGGAGGCUUGUUGAGAUGGGUCUGUUGACACGCUGGGUGUAUUGUGGAGGCUUGUUGAGAUGGGUCUGUUGACACGCUGGGUGUAUUGUGGAGGCUUGUUGAGAUGGGUCUGUUGACACGCUGGGUGUAUUGUGGAGGCUUGUUGAGAUGGGUCUGUUGACACGCUGGGUGUAUUGUGGAGGCUUGUUGAGAUGGGUCUGUUGACACGCUGGGUGUAUUGUGGAGGCUUGUUGAGAUGGGUCUGUUGACACGCUGGGUGUAUUGUAUGUAUAGUGGACAUGGGUUAAUAAGAAGAGCACAUUUUAUAAUAGGAUAAUUAUAACCGAUUGCCAAGUAAGACAGACUGUGAAAUGCAUAGUUGGUUCCAUUUCUUACUCAAUAAAAAUGCUUUCUACUAUUCAUUCUGAUAUUUAUGCUCAUUCAUGCUCAUUAAAGAAAUUGUGUGCAUUCCCUAUAAAUGUAACUACUUUUGACCUGAGCCCUGACCUGAGCCCUAUAAGCCCUGACCUGAGCCCUAUGAGCCCUGACCUGAGCCCUAUUAGCCCUGACCUGAGCCCUAUGACCCCUGACCUGAGCCCUAUGAGCCCUGACCUGAGCCCUAUGAGCCCUGACCUGAGCCCGAUUUGCCCAGACCUGAGCCCUAUUAGCCCUGACCUGAGCCCUAUUAGCCCUGACCUGAGCCCUAUGAGUCCUGACCUGAGCCCUGACCUGAGCCCUAUUAGUCCUAUGAGCCCUGACCUGAGCCCUAUUAGCCCUGACCUGAGCCCGAUUUGCCCAGACCUGAGCCCUAUUAGCCCUGACCUGAGCUCUAUUAGCCCUGACCUGAGCCCUAUGAGUCCUGACCUGAGCCCUAUUAGCCCUAUGAGCCCUGACCUGAGCCCUAUUAGCCCUAUGAGUCCUGACCUGAGCCCUAUGAGCCCUGACCUGAGCCCUAUUAGCCCUAUGAGCCCUGACCUGAGCCCUAUUAGCCCUAUGAGUCCUGACCUGAGCCCUGUGAGCCCUGACCUGAGCCCUAUUAGCCCUAUGAGUCCUGACCUGAGCCCUAUGAGCCCGGACCUGAGCCCUAUUAGCCCUAUGAGCCCUGACCUGAGCUCUAUGAGCCCGGACCUGAGCUCUAUUAGCCCUAUGAGCCCUGACCUGAGUCCUGACCUGAGCCCUGUGAGUCCUGACCUGAACCCUAUGAACCCUGACCUGAGCCCUAUUAGCCCUGACCUGAGCUCUAUGAGAGAGCUCUAGAUCUCUCUCUGUCUCUCUGCCUGAUAUUCUAAACUUGUGUUUUCCCCUGUUCCCUGUGUUGACCUGUAUAGAGAAGGCCCUGUGUUGACCUGUAUAGAGAAGGCCCUGUGUUGACCUGUAUAGAGAAGGCCCUGUGUUGACCUGUAUAGAGAAGGGCCCUGUGUUGACCUGUAUAGAGAAGGCCCUGUGUUGACCUGUAUAGAGAAGGGCCCUGUGUUGACCUGUAUAGAGAAGGGCCCUGUGUUGACCUGUAUAGAGAAGGCCCUGUGUUGACCUGUAUAGAGAGGGGCCCUGUGUUGACCUGUAUAGAGAGGGCCCUGUAUAGAGAGGGGCCCUGUGUUGACCUGUAUAGAGAGGGGCCCUGUGUUGACCUGUAUAGAGAAGGGCCCUGUGUUGACCUGUAUAGAGAAGGCCCUGUAUAGAGAGGGGCCCUGUGUUGACCUGAAUAGAGAGGGCCCUGUAUAGAGAGGGGCCCUGUGUUGACCUGUAUAGAGAGGGCCCUGUGUUGACCUGUAUAGAGAAGGCCCUGUGUUGACCUGUAUAGAGAAGGCCCUGUGUUGACCUGUAUAGAGAAGGCCCUGUAUAGAGAGGGGCCCUGUGUUGACCUGUAUAGAGAGGGCCCUGUAUAGAGAGGGGCCCUGUGUUGACCUGUGUAGAGAGGGCCCUGUGUUGACCUGUAUAGAGAGGGCCCUGUGUUGACCUGUAUAGAGAGGGCCCUGUGUUGACCUGUAUAGAGAGGGCCCUGUGUUGACCUGUAUAGAGAGGGCCCUGUGUUGACCUGUAUAGAGAAGGUCCUGUGUUGACCUGGUAUAGAGAAGGAGACACAAAUGGCACUUAUUCCCUGUGUAGUGCACUACAUUUGACCCAUAGGGUUCUGGUCUAAAGUAGUGCACUAUGUAGGGAAUAGAGUUCCAUUUAGUAGACCUCCUUGGUAUCAUGACAGGCCUAGACUAGUGCUGCUCUGUUCUUCAGAGAGAUCUGGAUGAAUGAUCAGCAGUAAUGGGAGCAGAUGUUUCCCAGUACUGACACUACUGGGUGAUGUUCAUCACUCCUACAAUGUGCUGCUGAGUUGUUGUUUUUGUUGCAUUUCAAUAGUGGAGCAGGUGCAGUCAAAUUGGAGGCUGUUGACAAGGACCCAAUGAAUACAACUGUAUUGAUACAGCUUUAUGACCCAAAAUACCAGGCAGGUAGGAUCAUAGAACGAUACAUUCUAUGGGAAGAUGGCCCACGGCCUUUAAUUGAUACAGCUUUAUGACCCAAUAUACCAGGCAGGUAGGAUCAUAGAACGAUGCAUUCUAUGGGAAGAUGGCUUUAUGACACAACAUACCAGGCAGGUAGGAUCAUAGAGCGAUACAUUCUAUGGGAAGAUGGCUUUAUGACCCAACAUACCAGGCAGGUAGGAUCAUAGAACGAUACAUUCUAUGGGAAGAUGGCUUUAUGACACAACAUACCAGGCAGGUAGGAUCAUAGAACGAUACAUUCUAUGGGAAGAUGGCUUUAUGACACAACAUACCAGGCAGGUAGGAUCAUAGAACGAUACAUUCUAUGGGAAGAUGGCUUUAUGACCCAACAUACCAGGCAGGUAGGAUCAUAGAACGAUACAUUCUAUGGGAAGAUGGCUUUAUGACACAACAUACCAGGCAGGUAGGAUCAUAGAACGAUACAUUCUAUGGGAAGAUGGCUUUAUGACCCAACAUACCAGGCAGGUAGGAUCAUAGAACGAAACAUUCUAUGGGAAGAUGGCUUUAUGACCCAACAUACCAGGCAGGUAGGAUCAUAGAACGAUACAUUCUAUGGGAAGAUGGCUUUAUGACCCAACAUACCAGGCAGGUAGGAUCAUAGAACGAAACAUUCUAUGGGAAGAUGGCUUUAUGACCCAACAUACCAGGCAGGUAGGAUCAUAGAACGAAACAUUCUAUGGGAAGAUGGCUUUAUGACCCAACAUACCAGGCAGGUAGGAUCAUAGAACGAUACAUUCUAUGGGAAGAUGGCUUUAUGACACAACAUACCAGGCAGGUAGGAUCAUAGAACGAUACAUUCUAUGGGAAGAUGGCCCGCGGCCUUUAAUUGCCUACAUAAUUGAUGAGUUUAUUAUCCAAACACAAUUUUUUUGUAAAAACAUUUUUUUUUAACCUUUUAUUUAACUAGGUACGUUUUCACGUUUUGUGUUUUUUUCAUCAGAAAUGAUUGCUCAUGGGUGCCUUCAUGUGUCUGUAAAAUAU